UUGGCGAGGACCCAUGUGACUGGAUUUUAUUUGAUGGUCGAUCUUUAUCUCCGUCCUUUAAAUUGGGCAAACAGAUCUGUGGUUUUCAUGGCGAUAUUACCCAAUGCCAAAGAGACGAUCAAGAAUCGUUUCUCUAUGAGGACGGUUGGAUGAUUGGAAACCUUAUCAGCAUAGUUAACCAGUCUGUCGAAUAUGCUCGUGGUUUCGAUCGAGUGUUAAAUGCCGAUCAACUGAAACAUGUAUUAUGGAAAGGAUUUAUGGAAACGGAUACGACUGUAGUAUUCACUCAUAAUUUGUAUUGGUUUGAUCAGCGGUACCCACAUUACCGAGAGCACUGGAGCACCUCCUACAUGAUAUCGAAUGAAUUAUUCUUUAGCUACCAGCUUAGUUGCCUGCGUUAUAGGUAUAUCCUUACAGGGUCAACAUCACUGGUAGUGUCUUAUCUGGAAAACUUCAACGAUGUUUACGACGAUGUUCCAAUUAAAGCCCACACAACGGAAGGGAAAAGAGAACAAGUGACAAUCUCGUCCGUAAAGUUACCUCUUCUGGGAAAAUUCAAAAUCAUUUUCCGCGUAAUGUUCAAUAGAACAGUAUUCAGUACUGCGGCCAUCGAUUCAAUAUUGGUUAUCGAUAAAAUGUGCAGUGGUACCAUUUUUUAA